AUGUUGCACUGGAUUAUGAUUUUUCUGCUAGCAACUCCGGUCGAAAGCACACCAACACAUCUACAUCCGGAUUCAAAAGAUUCGCUAGUGGAUGCAGCAAUCGCCAUCAUCGAAAGUUGUUUCGUAGCUCAUCUGAAAUCGAUUAUUCUUUCCCGAUUUUUUUCCAACAAAUGGGCGAAUGUUUUGGAUGAUCUGUUGAUACGUUUGAACUACAAAGUUCCUGUGACCAUUGUUGAUUCUACUGCCGAAUACACCGAUUACACCGAAAACUGCAACGAAGUUCAUCACGUCGUAGUUCUCAUCGAUACAAAGGACGCCUACUAUGAUUUCUGCAUACUGUUGCGGAAGAAGAACUUCAAUAUCAACAGCUUUUUUAUCAUUAUUUUUCUACAGGACGAGGAACCUUGGAUGCCGACAUCACUUCUGCAGUUGACAGCUGAAUUGCAGGUGUUCAACGUCGUAGCUCUCUUUAAUGUUAACGAAGUCGUCCAUUUGUAUAACUGCAUACCGUUUGGAUCAAUCUUGUACCGAUCUUCUUCAAUGAUCAAUGAUCAGAUCUGUUUCAAUUCGACCAUGGAGGACACCAGGGACUGCGAUUCGUAUUUUAUACCGAAGGUUUCGAACUUCUUCGCAGUACCUCUCCAUGUAGCUACUAUCGAGUAUCCUCCUUUGAUUGGACCCAUUUUCGACGAACAACAACGUGUUGUCGACUUUGUAGGGAUCGAUGGUGAUAUAUUGAAGUGUUUAUCCCAGGUUCUGAAUUUCACUAUCAUUCCAUUUAUAUCAUAUCCUCCCAUAUUGUGGGGUGAAAUAUACGACAAUGGAACAGGCACGGGAGCAGAGGGCCGUGUUUUGAACGGAAAAGCGAACUUCACGCUGGGAUAUAAUUCUAUAGACCUGAACAAGCAUAAAUUCCUAUCCUACACUUAUCCGCAUUACUAUGCAUCUUAUGUGCUGUUUAUUUCACCAGGUCUUGAAUACGGGCCCUUCGAACGACUUCUGAUACCAUUUCAGAUUUCAUUAUGGAUAAGUUUUGGCGCAGUAUUUUCGAUCGGUAUCAUUACAAUCAUUGUGUUGAAUAUUUUUCCAAAACCAGUUCAAAGCUUUGUAUUCGGAUCCUCAAACCGAUCACCUAUAUUGAACUUCAUACAAUCGACAUUGGGAUACUCGGUAGAGUCAAUACCAACAAGAAACUUUGCACGGUUUCUUCUUUUAAUGUGGAUCAGCUUUUGCUUUAUACUACGAACCGCCUAUCAGCAAAUCAUGUUUGAACAUUUGUGUCGUCAACGGAAUCAUAGCACACCUCAAAAUUGGAACGAAUUUAUCACUGAAGGCUACCGACUGUAUUCAGGGCAGAGACAUAUGCGCUUUUAUGAAUACUUUCCUGCAGAUAUUCAAUCAUUAAUAACGAUCAUAGAGCCUGAAGAGUAUGCUGAAACCGAAGCCAAGAUCGUCAAUGGAUACGUUCGCGGUGCCACUUGUCAGUACUUGGAACUUAUACGGUAUGGGAACAAGGAAUCUUUCGUGUAUAGAAAUGAUACGUUUAAACAAAUUUUUCCAAAAACUGUUAUCACCUAUCCAAACGCGAUAUACUUUCAGAAAAACUCCCCACUGGUUGAUAUUUUCGAUGAGAAAGUAAAGCAACUGGUGAAUCAUGGGUUUGUGGAACACGGACGGCAGAAAGCAUUUGGUCGUAAUCUAGAAAAAGACAUUCAAAAACUUCUGAAUCUACCAAAGGCCCAUCCGAUGUCGCUAAAAGUUAUGAUCGAUGUUUUCGGACUCUACGUUGUGGGCAUGCUCCUGUCUGCACUGAUAUUCUGCCUCGAAUUCGUUUUGUGGAGAAUGAAUGACAAACAAAGGUUGUCCGUCCGUCCACCAAGAAUUCGUUAUGCAUUAGAUAGUAUACUAUCAACAGGUUAG